UGCAGACUCGGCAGGAUGAGGCUCGCCGUCCGCGCCCUGCUGGCCUGCGCAGUCCUGGGGCUGAGUCUGGCUGUGCCCGAGCAAACUGUGAGAUGGUGCACUGUCUCAACUCAGGAGGCCAGUAAGUGCUCCAGUUUCAGUGAAAGUAUGAAAAGCAUCUUUCCUAAGGCUUUUAUCACCUGUGUGAAGAAAACCUCCAUCCAGGAGUGCAUCAAGGCCAUUGCGGCAAAUGAAGCAGAUGCUGCGACACUGGAUGCAGGCUGGGUGUACGAGGCGGGCCGGAGCCCUAACAACCUGAAGCCUGUAGUAUCAGAGUUCUACAAGGACAAAGACGAUAGAAUUCAAACCCGUUAUUAUGCUGUGGCUGUGGUGAAGAAGGACAGCAACUUCAUGCUGAACCAGCUCCGAGGCAAGAAGUCCUGCCACACAGGCUAUAGCAGGUCUGCUGGGUGGAACAUCCCCAUUGGCACACUGUACUGGGACUUGCCUGAGCCGCGUGAACCUCUUCAGAAAGCAGUGGCCAAUUUCUUCACAAGCAGCUGUGUCCCUUGUACGGAUCGGACGGCCUUCCCCAAACUGUGUCAACUCUGUGUGGGGAAAGGGACAGACAAGUGUGCCUGCUCCAACCAUGAACCGUACUUCGGCUACUCGGGUGCCUUCAAGUGUCUGAUGGAUGAUGCUGGGGAAGUGGCCUUUGUCAAGCACUCGACAGUACUGGAGAACCUGCCACAGGAGGCUGACAGGAGAAAGUAUGAGCUGCUUUGCAAGGACAAUACACGGAAACCAGUGGAUGACUAUGAGGACUGUCACCUGGCCAGUGUCCCUGCCCAUGCCGUUGUGGCCCGAAGCAUGGGUGGCAAAGAGGACUUGAUCUGGGAGCUUCUCAACACAGCUCAAGAACAUUACGGCAAAGACAAAUCCACAGUCUUCCAGCUCUUCAGCUCCCCUCAUGGGAAGGACCUGCUCUUUAAGGACUCUGCCCAUGGAUUUUUAAGGAUUCCCCCCAAAAUGGACACCUCACUGUACUUGGGAUAUGAGUAUGUCACUGCUGUUCGGAAUCUAAGGGAUGAUAACCGCCCAGAUCCAGAGUGCAAGAAGGUGAAGUGGUGUGCGAUAGGCCACCAGGAGAGGACCAAGUGCGACGAGUGGAGCGUAAACAGUGAUGGGAAAAUAGAGUGUGAAUCAGCAGAGACCACGGAAGACUGCAUCGCCAAGAUCACGAAAGGAGAAGCUGAUGCCAUGAGCUUGGAUGGAGGCUUUGUCUAUAUAGCGGGCAAGUGUGGUCUGGUGCCUGUCCUGGCAGAGAACUACGAGAAAAGUGACUCUAACUGUGUGGACACACCAGAGGAAGGGUAUUUUGCUGUGGCUGUGGUUAAGUCAUCAGAUCCUGGCCUCACCUGGGACACUCUGAAAGACAAGAAGUCUUGCCACACUGCAGUAGACAGAACUGCAGGCUGGAACAUUCCCAUGGGCCUACUGUACAACAAGAUCAACCACUGUGAAUUUGAUAAGUUUUUCAGUGCAAGCUGUGCCCCUGGGUCCAUGACAAAUUCCAGUCUCUGUGCUUUGUGUAUUGGCUCGGCAAGUUCCCCGGGAAAGGAGUGUGUUCCCAACAACCAUGAGAGGUACUACGGCUACACAGGGGCUUUCAGGUGUCUGGUUGAGAAGGGGGAUGUGGCUUUUGUGAAACACCAGACUGUCCCACAGAACACUGAUGGAAAUAACCCUGAACCGUGGGCUAAGGAUCUGAAGCAGGGGAAUUUUAAGCUGCUGUGUCUCGAUGGCACCCAGAAGGAUGUGGAUCAGUAUAAAACCUGCAACCUAGCCCAGGCCCCGAACCAUGCUGUGGUCUCACGGAAAGAUAAGGCACAGUGUGUUCACGACUUGUUAAUUGGCCAGCAGACUUUGUAUGGAACACGUGGAAGUGACUGCCCGGGCAAGUUUUGUUUGUUCAAGUCAGACACCAAGGACAGUCUGUUCAGGGAUGACACACAAUGUUUGGCCAAACUUCGGGACAAAACAACGUACGAAUCCUACUUAGGAGAAAAGUAUGUUACGGCUCUUGCUAACCUGAGACAAUGCUCAACCUCGGGUGAGGAGGAAAUACAACGUAGGAACUACCACUCCCGUGAUGCUCCGCUUCGGACGCUUGCGCAGAGCCCAGGGCCACGUCGCUUUUGCGGCGCCGGACCACGCAUCUCGGCCAUGGCGUCCACGGACACCCGGCGGAUGGGCAAUGGCGGUAGUGUCGGAGGGGCCUUCCAGCCUUACCUAGACUCCUUGCGGCAGGAGCUGCAGCAGGGGGACCCGACGCUACUGUCAGUAGCGGUGGCGCUCCUCGUGGUGCUGCUGACGCUGGUGUUCUGGAAGUUCAUCCGGACCAGAAGGAGCAGUCAAAGAGCUGUUCUUCUUGUUGGCCUCUGUGACUCUGGGAAAACAUUGCUCUUUGUCAGGUUGUUAACAGGCCUUUACAGAGACACUCAGACUUCUAUUACUGACAGCUCUGCUAUGUACAGAGUCAACAAUACCAGGGGCACUAGCCUGACCUUGAUUGACCUCCCUGGCCAUGAGAGCUUGAGACUUCAGUUCUUAGAGCGGUUUAAGGCUUCAGCCAGGGCUGUCGUGUUUGUUGUGGACAGUGCAGCCUUCCAGCGAGAGGUGAAAGAUGUGGCUGAGUUUCUGUAUCAAGUCCUCAUUGACAGUAUGGGUCUGAAAAAUGCACCAUCAUUCUUAAUUGCCUGCAAUAAGCAAGACAGUGCAAUGGCAAAGUCAGCAAAAUUAAUUCAGCAGCAGCUUGAGAAAGAACUCAACACUUUACGAGUCACUCGUUCUGCUGCCCCCAGCACACUGGACAGUUCCAGCACUGUACCUGCUCAGCUGGGAAAGAAGGGCAAAGAAUUUGAAUUCUCACAUUUGCCUCUCAAGGUGGAGUUCCUGGAGUGUAGCGCCAAGGGUGGAAGAGGGGACGGUAGCUCUGCUGACAUCCAGGACUUGGAGAAGUGGCUGGCUAAACUUGCCUGAGGUGCAGAUCCAAAUCACAAGACAUGACUGUGUAUGUGUGUGACUGACAGUUUUGGAAAAGGGUAUGGUAGCCUGGAGUUGAUAAGAAGGGGUACAAAAUAUAGUUAGAAACAUUUCCUUAUUCUGGAAACAAAUUAUUGUUGAAACCAGCUUGUAAUUUUAUUUUUUUAAGUUCAGUUCUCUUACUGAUUUCAAACUAGUGGCUUUUAUUUGACUUGUGUGUCUUCCCUUUGUUAGAGUAUAUGUAACUUCCUUUAGUGUAUAGUGUAUGCUUGCUGUGGGGUCCAAGUCUUUGUGACCAUAACUAGAGAGGAUGUUACCAUGAGAUCAUGAUUACCUGACAAGUUUUCGAAUCCUCUGCUGUGCUUUGGUCCUUUUUUUCUAGGGACAAAGCUGUGUGUGUGUGGAACCAGCUGAUUUCCAAUUGCCCUUGAUUGUGGGCAGUAUGUCAUCUACUCUGAGUUCUCAGAUCUGUAGGUACAAUUGCAAUAUGGUCUCCCGACAUGUGGAGACAGGUACAAAACAGCAAGGCUGUGUUCACUAUGGCUCUGUUGUCCAUUAGCUCAGUGACUUAUUCACACUCCAGCCUUAAAGCACUUAGGCUUCAAAAACAUGUCAUGAAUGCUUGGAGUCAUUCCCAGAUGACAGAACUAUAAAUGCUAAAUCCCCAAAUGCCAAGGGUCUCAUGUAUUAAGUGGUUUCCCCUAACUGGGCAGUACGUGGAGAUUUAGAAGCUGUUCUGGUUUUCCUGUAUGGCUGAGGGCUUCUGGACUGUCUUCAUGUGCUUGUUGAUCAGCUCCUGUUUUGUACACUUAGAAUGUGGUGGAACAAAUACAAAAUGAAAAAAGUUCUCUAGAUUUUUUAAGUGCAUAUUCACUGAUGGUUAAAAGCAAAAGCCUUCUCAAAGUGUUGUUCUUUGCUAUGUUCUCAAAUGUAUGGCUUUUUUAUGGCUUUUAUAAAUUAUUAAUACAUUUCUUGGUAAAUAAAAUGUGUUUGGCUCAAAGCAA